CGCAGCUUGGCCUUGUACUUUUUGAUCCUCGUCUUGUCCAGACCUUGUCUCUUCUCUUCCCAAUUUGACACUCCCAAUGGCGCCCUGGCAGACUUCGACGCCACCUAGGAGGCAGAGGGCGCGUCCCUUGUACAAGAAAUCGCCCCUCUCGACGCGUCGCUACGCGCCUGCUUCAGAUCGCCCGCGCGGGCAACGACUGGCUCCGCUAUUCGAAGAGUCUCCCUCACCGCCUAGGCGCCCUCGCAAAUCUUCGGCUCACUAUCGCUCCGCUCUCGACGAAACUCUCUUUGGCGAUGGCGACGCAUCUGACGACGAUAUUCCACGUCUCUUCCAAUGGGAAGACGAAAAGACGCUUGUGUCCGACCUGAUGCACCAUUCAACCGCGCGCCACGACCCGAACGAUGCUCGCUAUGCCGAAACGCUCGAACAAUUGCAUCAGCUCUUCCGCGAUCAGGACUACGCUCUCGUUGACGACAUGGCAAAGGCUCUAUUUCCUGCUGUCGACACUGUUAAGCGCUGCCACGCUCACGCGAAGGAAGAGAUUGACGAAACAUUCGCCCGCGGCAUGACCGAGUUCAACGACGCCUGCAAAUCUGUGGAGGCGGUUACUGUGGAGGAUCUCAAACUGUUGCGUAAGUCUCAUGAUGAGACCAAGGCCCGACUAGCUUCGCUAUUCGAACAGCUCGACGCGGCGUAUGCCAAACGUAAACAACUUUGGAAGGACUUCAAGCAGGAUUUCAACGUCAUCUUGGGCGCUGCGGAAGAUCAGCUCAAGACCCUCCCUGCUCAGUUCGAACGCACCUGCGCCGCUCUCGAUAAGGAAAGCAAGAAGUUGUCGAAGACGGACGGACAAGCCGAGAAGUUGACUGCGCUGCUGAAGAAGCUGUGAUGUUCGUUUGCUGUCGUUGACCAGUUUUUCUGCUAUCUUGCUGCUCUGUUCGCUCUGCUGCUGUUGACCUUGGCUCGGACCACGCUUUCUCCUUGCUCUAUCGUACCGUUGCGUAUCUCGGUGACUACACGUCUAACUUCCCGUCGGUGAAUGCUGUUGUCGCGCGCGUCUACCGUUUGUCUAUAGACUAUGCGCGUUUCCUGUCCCUGUCCGUUCCGUAGCUAGUACGUACGUACACCUGUACGCUUAUAAGAGACGACCUUGUUCGUGCA